AUGCAUCCUCCUCUUGCUGCUGCGCCUCCUCCUCCUUUGGUUUGGAAAUGUCCCAUGAGAAAUUGCAUUAUUGGUGCUCCUCUCCCUAUUCCUCACAACUAUUUCAAAUCCGGUGAUCUCAUCAUUGGUGGCAUUAUGUCUCUUAUGUUCAUGCCUACAGAAAUAGAUAGCUUCUCUGAAGAUCCCCAUCUUUCUUUUAUUGGUGAAGGGGUAGUCCAGACUAAGUUUUAUCAGCACAUUUUGGCUUUGAUAUUUGCUGUAAAGGAGAUCAAUGAGAACCCGCAGAUCUUGCCCAAUGUCACCCUGGGCUUCAGUAUUUUUGGCAGCUAUGAUAGAAGAAGAACUUGUCAUGCCACAAUGGAACUUUUUUCACCUCCGAAGAGAAUACUCCCCAAUUGUAAAUGUGGCAUCGAAAACAACCUGGUCUCAGGCAUUGGCGCUCUUUAUUCUGAAACCUCCAUUGACAUGGCAGAUAUCUUGAGAAUCCACAAACUUCCACAGAGUUUAGGGGCAGGUGACCUAAUCAUUGGUGGAAUUAGUUCUUUUAUCUUCGUGCCUAAAGUUUUAGAGACCUUUGAAGAAGACCCUCAUCGUUUGAUUGUUGGUGAACCCCUAAUCCUGACUAAGUAUUAUCAGCAUAUUUUGACUGUGAUAUUUGCUCUGAAGAUGAUCAAUGAAGACCUCCAGCUCUUACCUAACAUCACCUUGGGCUUCAGAAUCUAUGAUAGCUAUGGUGGGGAACAGACAUAUCAUGCCACAAUGGAACUUUUCUCCAGUCAGAACAGAUUCAUUCCCAACUACAAGUGUGGCCUCCUGAACAAACUCAUAUCAGUUGUUGGGGCUAUUGAGCCUGCAAUCUCUUUUGAUAUGGCAGAUAUUUUAGGCACUUACAAAGUUCCACAGUUCCUAUAUGGCCCUACUCCAAGUAUGAAUGGUAAAACUGAAAUCCCUUUCUAUUACCACAUGGUUCCAGAUGAAGACUUCAAUUUCAGGGGAAUUCUUCAACUACUUUUGCAUUUCAGGUGGACUUGGGUUGGGAUAUUAGUGAAAGGACAUGGUGGACCAAAUUUUGAGCAAUUAAUCUUUUCAGAGUUUUCGCUCCAUGGCAUCUGUAUUGCCUUCUUAGAACGACUCAGGCCAAUUUAUCUUGAUAGCAUGUCUGAUGGCCUGAAAUGGCUGGUGGAAACAUUCCAUGUUUUUAUUAACAGCAAAGCUAAUGCUGUGAUAAUUAAUGAUAACUAUGUUCUACAUUUGAGAUGGUUGUUAUAUCUACCUGAAAUGGAAUUAGUAUCUAUAAAGCCUAAAGGUAAGGUGUGGAUUGUGGCCAACCAAAUGGGCCUUGCCUCAUUCUUUUAUCAGAGCAGUUGGGAUAUCCAAGUUCUCCAAGGUGCUUUGACAUUUGUAGCUUACUCAAAUGAAGUUGAAGGAUUCCAGCAUUUUCUUCAGACAAGAAACUAUUUCUUAUUCUUUCACCAAGAUGGUUUCAUAAAAGAUGUGUGGGAGCAGGCCUUUGGCUGUGUGGUUCCAAAUCAGUUUGUGAGUGAGGAAACUGAGGGCAUCUGUACUGGGAAAGAGAAACUGGAGAAACUUCCUGGGCCUUUUUUUGAAAUGAGGAUGAGCAGUCAUAGUUACAGUAUAUACAAUGCAGUGUAUGCUGUGGCAUAUGCUGUACAUGCCAUGCAGUUGGGCCAACAAUCACACAGGAGAACACUGAGUGGCAAGAAACUGAAUCUCCAGUAUCUACAGCCAUGGCAGGUAACUUUGUCAGGAGUCAAACCUGUUAGAAAUGGGACCUCAUUUGCAGGUGAAAAAGGAUACCUGUUGACUUUUACAGAUGAUCAUAUUUCUGAUGUCCAAAUAAGCAAUGAGGCUUUGCAGAAGAUUUUCAUAAUGUACCCAGAAUUUGACAGCAAGUCAAAGUCUGAAGGGGAAACCGAGGCACUACAGAAGACAAGCUCCAGUGAUGUUUAUAUUUUCAAGCUUCACUUUUUUUUAAAAAGAAUUGCAUUUAACAACAGUGUUGGGGAUGAAAUUUCCUUCGGUCAGAAUGGAGAACUGCUUACAGGACUGGAUAUUGAGAACUGGAUCACUUUCCCAAACCAAUCCUUCUAUCGAGUGAAAGUUGGGAAGCUGGAUCCCUGGGCUUCUGAAGGCAAGAAGUUCACCAUACAUGAGGAAGCCAUCACCUGGCAUAGCACUUUCAACCAGACCCUACCUGUUUCAGUGUGUACUGAGAGCUGCCUCCCUGGCUAUUUUAGGAGAAAGCAGGAGGGGAAGCCGUCUUGUUGCUAUGAUUGCCUUCCAUGUCCCAAAGAGAAAAUGUCAAGCCAGAAGGACAGGGAUGGCUGUUCCAAAUGCCCAGAAGAUCAAUAUCCAAAUGAGGACCAAGAUUCUUGUCUUCCCAAGAAAAUAGCUUUCUUGUCCUAUGAAGAACCAAUGGGAAUAGGUUUAGUCAUUCUGGCACUUUUUUUCUCUCUCUGCACAGUUGUGGUGCUGGCAACAUUUUUAAAGUAUCACAAUACUCCCAUCGUCAAGGCCAAUAACAGAAAUCUCACCUACAUUCUACUCAUCUCCCUCCUCCUCUGCUUCCUUUCCUCACUGCAGUUCCUUGUUGCACCUGGCAAUAUAAUAUGUCUCCUCCGACAAAUCAGUUUUGGCAUCAUCUUCUCAGUGGCUGUGUCUUCUGUGCUGGCAAAAACCAUCACUGUUGUUCUGGCAUUCAUGGCCACCAAGCCAGGAUCCAGGAUGAGGAAGUGGGUGGGAAGAGGACUGGCCACCUCCAUUGUUCUUUCUUCUUCCUUGAUUCAAGCAGGCAUCUCCACAGUGUGGCUUCUCACAUUUCCACCAUUCCCUGAUGCUGACACCCAUUCAGAAAUUCAGGACAUCAUCCUGCAGUGCAAUGAUGGCUCAGCUACCAUGUUCUACUGUGUCUUGGGCUACAUGGGCUUUCUGGCAGCUGCCAGUUUCAUAGUAGCUUUUUUCUCCAGGAACCUCCCCAGCAGUUUUAAGGAGUCCAAAUGUCUCACAUUCAGCAUGCUGAUCUUCUGCAGUGUGUGGCUCUCCUUUGUUCCCUCCUACCUAAGCACCAAAGGGAAAUACAUGGUGGCUGUGGAGGUUUUCUCCAUUUUGGCCUCUAGUGCUGGGUUGCUAGGCUGCAUUUAUUUCCCCAAAUGUUACAUAAUCCUUGUUAGGCCAGAGCUAAACAAUAGAGAACAACUCAUUAAGAGGAAAACAUAG